UUCGUGUUAUUUUUCAGUCGGCCACUGAAAGCCACCCAGCUACGCCGCGUUGGUCGUUUUCAUGAUGAUGUUUCACAAACAAACAACAUUUUAAUUCAUUUCACGUAACUAAACAAUUAAUUUAUAAAGACCCUUGAAAAUAUAGAUCUUAUUUUAAGUGAUUGAAUGUUAGAAAUGUGACAAAAAAAGAAAAUAUAUGCUCGUGCUGCGAGUUCGGUCUGUGGUGACAAAGUGAGGAGCUUACCAGUCCGAUGACCAAAUUCGUCCCUCGCAGCGCGCCCACACCACGAAAAUUGCGCCCCACGGCAGCCCCCUCCGCGCGUACAUCGCGUACCACAAGCUGGGGCCGGCGAUGGACGCGGGGGACGCGCCCCCCGACUGCCGCGUGCACCCCUCCGUGCUGUACCUGCUGGGGACUCUGCUGCUCACCAGCUGUUCCACGGCGCUGCUGUGCGCGGCCAUCAUGACGGAGCACUGGGAGCACGUGGGCUGGGAGCGCGCGGCGCUGGCGGCGCGGGCCAACGCCACCGGCACGCGCCUGCAGUGGCUGCUCGACGAGAAGGUCGCUAAGAUCGAGGAUGGCAGCAGAAGAAAUGGUGGAGGUACAUUCCUAGUGCCGAUGAAUGGAGGCAUUUGGACGAUGUGCGUGUCCCUAGAUGAGGAGGAGCUGUCGAUGUUGGUCCGCGCCGGGUUCCCCAUGCAGCCGGCCUGCACUAACUACCUGGCCAGCAGCGACUACGAGGAGCCGCGCGCUGACUGGCAACACCGCAUGCAGAACCUGUCGAUAUCGUGCGCGCUGGUGUGCCUCAUAGUGCUGGGCAGCGCCGCCCUCGUCGGGACCUUCGGAGUCUGCAAGCACCAGAUCAGCGCCGUGCUCGUCACCGGCGUCAUGUAUCUGCUCGCAGGCACCUUCGCGCUAUUCACGCUAAUGAUAAUCCAUUUCAAGCGGAUACAGCGAGUGUCCACCAGAGGCAGCCCUACGGGUGACGACACGGGCGACGGCGUGAUUGGUCCCCGCGCGCCCGCCAUGGCACUUCUGUCGGCGAGGGAAUUCUCCACUUCAUGGUCUUUAGACCUCGGAUGGGGCGGCGUAGCCCUGGCCACUAUGACGUCACUAUUAUGGAUCCUACUGUCCAAGAUUAUGAGAUACAAUCCUAUAUCCUCAAUGCUUUUGUAAGUUAGGUUCACGUGUGCUGUGUGCAAAGAUGGAUUUACUGGGUGGUUGUGAAAUGGUGUGGCUUUUGAAUGCCUAACGAAUUAAAGUUACGACUGUCAUGAUUAUUGGAUAAAGCGAAGUUGUGAAUGGAAGUUGUACCUAAUUAGAUACCUAACUGGGGAUUUUGUAAAUUAAUUGAGUCGUCGUCGCAAAUUUUACGGAAAAGGUCAAUUAUUUCUACUGAUAGCAAAUGAAAUAUUUAAUUAUUAAAUGUUUAUGUUUUUUAGGUAACUAGGCUAGUUCUUUUGAUUAUUUAAAUUAUUUCGUUAACAUUAUAUCAAUUAGUUGGUAAGUAAGUGGUAAAUAGCAAUCAGUUUCAAAAUAAUUUAAUUAUAUUAUACCUAUACCUAGAUAAUAUACCUAUCUACUUAGCCCCAUAGAAGCUUAACAAAAUUAGGCAAUUCCCUAUCUAUUAAAGGUACCUAGUUAAUGUUAAAUGAUAAACGCUUUAAAUAAAUAACUAAUAGCAAGCUUUAAAACAGCAUUAAGCAUAAUUAAAUUGUUUUGUUCCAACUUAAACAUUGGGCGUGGGCAGUAUACAGUGAAUAUACAACAGUAUCGUAAUCAAGGUAUGUGUACUUUGCGGACAACAUGUAAAUAAAUACAUAAAUAUUUGGAGGACUAUUUAAAGCUUAAAAAGCUUAUUUUAAGGACAGAGCUUGCAGCCGUCCAAGCUUUUUUAUAAUAAUUUAUUGUUAAAGUUGUGCCCUAAAACCUUUAAAUAAUCAAUGAAUAACAUUAUUGUGUGUACCUACGCAUAAACAACGCAUAUUUUUGUAUGAUGUUGCAUUUACAAAGUGUCUUUUUAUUGGUAUGCCUACAUUCAUUUCUUGUGUCUGUAAUCGGCAUUAAUGUAGUUAAAAUAUUCUAGGCGCUGCUGUGGCUACUAAGAGAACCGAUUUUAUGUUUUCAUUCAGUUUUAUGUUUACCUUAUCUCGAAAUAUCGUCACUACUUCUUCUGUAUAGACUUGGUAGGUUAGAGUAGCUAAAAAUAACUGUAAUAAACUUCUUUAGUA